CUUGUAACAAGACGUUUCCCUUGUUACAAGUGAAAUAAUCUAGAAUGGAAGUAGUACUUUUUUGUUAAUAUUAAGGAAUUAUUUACUUAAAACAAGCUCCUGUAUCCUGCUGACAAGUUACUUGCAUGUUUUGUCUUAUUUUAAGUGCACUAUGAUAUUUGCACUAUAAAAAAAGUUAAAAAUACUUGGUACAAUUUUGUGUUUUUGCAGUGUAGAGUUUUGAAUUGGACGUUACAUUUUGCAUAUUUUGGCCCAGAUUGUAAAGAUAAAUGUUUAACCUAAAAUUGAAUAAAAAAAAAUAAAACUCUUUUCUCACCCCAUGUUCCGUCUGGCAAGCCUUUGAUUUGUCCCACACCUGGGUUUCCCUGUGACAAUAGCCGUGUUAUCAUUAACCUAAAUCCUCCUGUGCAGCUGCACCAUGUGCUGGCCACGCUUGUUGGUAAUCUUCGGGCCCUGCGCACAAGGCUUCUGCUGAGUUGCAGGCCUGUGGAUUAAGGAGUGGGCUUUAAGAGCGCCCCAAACAUCACCUCGCUUCUUUUGUUCUCCAUUCUGCGAGACAAACGCGAACAAAGCGGGCACAAUGAACCAGAAGGUGGUACUCAUCACGGGCUGCUCCUCGGGGAUCGGCCUGGCUCUGGCGGCCCGGAUCGCCAAAGACGAGAAGAAGAGGUUCAUGGUCUAUGCCACCAUGAGAAACCUGGGUAAGGCCGAGCCGCUGGUUGAGGCGGCCGACCGGACUCUGGGCAGGACCCUGGAGCUCAAGCAGCUGGACGUGUGCAGCGAGGAAUCCAUCAAAGCCUGCGUGGACAGCCUGCCAGAACGCAGGGUGGACAUCCUCAUCAGUAAUGCAGGGAUGGGACUGAUUGGACCCAUCGAGUGCCAGUCUAUCGAUGAGAUGAAGACGGUCAUGGACACCAACUUCUUCGGGCUUGUGCGACUGCUGAAGGAGAUCCUGCCUGAUAUGAAAAAGAGGAAGAAAGGUCAUAUCGUGGUCAUCAGCAGCGUCAUGGGCAUUCAAGGAAUAUUGUUCAACGAUGUCUAUGCAGCGUCUAAGUUUGCAGUGGAAGGCUUUUGUGAAAGCUUGGCAGUUCAAGCCCUGAGGUUCAGUCUGACCAUCAGCCUGAUAGAACCAGGUCCGGUGAUCACAGAGUUUGAGCGUAAGGUUUACGAAGAGGGCCUGAAGACGGACCUCAGCAAAGCUGAUAAAGUGACUGCAGACAUGUUCACAAACAUCUACCUGAAGAACUACAAGCAGAUCUUCGAAACCCUUGGUCAGACAGCAGAGGAUGUAGCAGAGCACACCCACAGGAUUAUCACCAUGGACGAUCCUCCUUUCCGCCAUCAGACAAACACUCUUUACACACCCAUGACCACACUGAAAUAUGCCGAUCCCAACGGAGACCUUCCCAUCGAAACGUUUUACAAAAUGGUGUUUGAACACGACAAAGUCUUCAACGCCAGCCUGAACUUCCUCAAGCUGCUGCGCUGGAGGAGUCGCAAGAGUUUUACCUUGGAAAAAGAUAAGAGUACCUGAGAGGAUUAGUAACGACACGUCAGAUCUCUUUCUGCGUGUGCGGGUGUACGUAUAUAUGUGUGUGUGAGAACUAUAACCAACCAAAGCUGUCCACAGGUUUAGCUCUAUUUCUGCUGUAGUGAAACGACAUUUCAAAUGGAACAGUCAACUAAAAUAUCAUAAAUUUUUAAAGCAAUAAAUUAAUUUCUGAAAAA